AUGGCUGAUUUACCUCCUGAGAGGCUAGAACAUAGCAAGCCACCGUUUACUUACAUAGGAUUAGAUUGUUUUGGACUUUUCUACGUGAAGCUGGGCAGAUCAGAGGUAAAGAGAUAUGGAUGUGUGUUCACAUGCCUCACCACACGUGCCGUGCACAUAGAGAAGUUAAACAUCUUGGAAACUGACGCGUUCCUUAACGGAUUUAGAAGGUUCAUGUCGAGAAGAGGUCAACCUGAAAAGGUUUGGUCUGACAACGGGACGAACUUUACUGGCGGUCAAGCUGAGCUUUCAAGAAGCAUGAGCCAACUAAAUAAGGACAUGAUUUACUCGCACUGUGCGAGAAAGGAUAUCGUGUGGGUUUUUAAUCCUCCACAUGCAUCGCAUAUGGGUGGCAUUUGGGAACGUAUGAUUCGUUCCAUCAGGAAGGUGCUCAAUGCCUUGCUGCGCGGGAAUCACAGACUGACGGACGAAGUGCUGGAGACGCUAUUCUGCGAAGUAGAAAACAUUAUCAACAGUCGGCCUAUCACCAAGAGCAGCGAUGAUGUAAGUGAUUCGAGAGCGCUUACGCCUAACCAUCUUUUAUUGCUACGAGAUGGCGCUACGUUACUCCCCGGCAAGUUCGGAUCCAGCGGCAUGUAUCCUAGGCGUUGGCGUCACGUACAGCAUCUCGCGGAUCAGUUCUGGCGCAAGUGGGUGAAAGAAUACCUGCCAGAGCUGCAGCGUAGAAGCAAGUGGAUUGUGCAAAGCAGGAACAUCAAGAUAGGUGAUUUAUUGCUGGUGGUGAACGAAAACACCCCAAGAGGACUAUGGCCGCUUGGCCUCGUGAUAGAAGUGAAUAAGGGCAGAGACGGUCUCGUCAGAUCAGCCAAAGUGAGAACCAAGUAA